AUGGCCUUACAAGCCUACAGGCACCUCCUUCGCUCGACUCGCAUAGCCUUUGCCGGCGACGCACCAGUCCUCCACGCAGCACGUGCCGAAGCCCGUAAUGGUUUCCGUCAGAACGCAGCCCUGUCUGCCGGCUCCCCUGAACUGGCCGAGGCAGUCAAGCAUGCUGAGGAGGUAGCACAAAUCCUCAGACAUAAUGUCGUGCAGGGAAAGAAGGAGGGCGAGGAUCUGUACAAAUUGAAAAUACAUGAACAUACGGAGCGGGGCGAUAACGAUACGGUCAAGAUGCCGAAUGGAAAAUCGGUUGUGAUCGAUGGCAAGACCUGCGCGGAUCGAUGA